CUACUAUCUAGUCUAGAUGUCUUUGUUAUCUUUCAGCAAUGAGUGCAAUGGACCAAGAGUGUAAGAAGAGAAAGAAGAGGAAAACACGAGCUGAGAGAAAUCAAAUAGCCAGACGUGUUCAUCAGGAGGGUGAUAAACAGAAAAAGUUUCAAGUCAAAAGUAAAAAGCCUGCUGACCACACUCAGUCUCAGAACCAAAUAACUUAUUCAUUAAGGUCAAGUAAAGGUUUGUCUCUGCCUUGCUUAAUACCAAAAGACUUUGUAAGAUCUACAACGGGAAACAUUACACAAGGGCGUUUAACAAGACCACUAGCAUUGUUUGAUAAUGCUAAAACUUCUGUUUGGGCCACUAGAGCCACACUUCCAGAAACAGAAGAAAUGAAGAAAAAUGUAGAGAAAGACUUACAACGCAUUCUCAACAUGUCAGGCCUUGAGUAUAAGUCUACUGCCAGCCUGAAUAAUGUUGAUAAAUGUGAUUUUAGCAAACAAAAGAGUGGAGAAAACCAGAGUGAUAGAAUGGAAGUUGAUCCUCCUCUAACAAGUUCACAGCCAGCCUCCAAAAAUGUACCAGCAGUAGAAAAAAAUACUUCAAAAUCUUCAGCACAUUCUUCUCCCGCAGAAACCAACAUCAUUCCUACAAUGUCUUUAGCCAGUCCAGUGAAACAAGAAGAAAUACUUGACCCUGAGCCCCCUAUUGAAGACAUUGCUGACACCAUCAUAAAGGAACUGAAGCUGAAGUUUGAUAAACUGUUUCCUAAUAGAGAUGUUGAAUAUGAAAAUUGCUGUGACCUUGAGAAACUGAUUAAGCAAAGUUGUCAAGAAAAUGAGUUGCCUAUAGUUAAGCCCAAAGAUUUAGUACAAGGAGAUAAAAAAAUCACAGCAGCUAGUAAAUCUAGGAUGGCAACGUAUUCUAGUUCUGUUCAGUCUUACUGCCCACCCCUCGUAGCAGCAAUGGAUUUGAAACAGUUUUCUAACAUUUACUCAGCAUCUUCCACACCACAGAUGUCUACCCCUCAAUCCUCAGCAUUGAUCACGUCUGUUGUGCAUGGAACCCGAAGUUCUGCCACCAACAUACCCUCAGAACAGCCUGCGUCAGACAUGCUGAUCACUAACAUGGAGGAGGAGGAGGAUGACGAAGAGGAAAAAAUUAUCACUAUCAAAUUGGAUGACGAGGAAGAGAGCGGUCCUCCUGUAGAGUCUGCCUCUUACGAUGAAUUUAUUGACUCGGCCCGUGAGAUGAAGUUAAAACUGGAACAAAACCAAUUGAAUCAGCUGCACAGCUUGUAUUACCAUUCUGCUUCUGCACUUGAUGGCCAGGAUGUGAGAAAGCAUUGCUGUGGGGCUCGAGGUGACUGGCAGUCAGGUCUCUAUGUUCCUCAAUGGAAGAGUGGUGGUCAAAUUAUACACUUUUCUCAACCUAAAGGGUUUCCUUAUCAAGACAGCAGUAUGCCAUGCUCAAUACGACACUCUGGAAAGAGCAUGUCAGCAGAUUCUGUAUUUUAUGCUCAUAAAGUUCACCCUGGGAGUGCUCAUCGUUUCCAGCUUCAGGCUGGCUAUAGUGACAGUCACACUCCAGACACAGACAUCUUUGGUAGGGUUGAAGACAGCUCCUGUAACUGCAAAGAUUUGCCUUUCUUUGUUGACAAGUCUGUGAGGCAUUCUCAUGAGAGGUCUGCUGAUCAAAGACAUGGUGGCAUGUCAAGGGAAGGUCAGUUCCUUGCUAAGUCCAGGUUUAACUUUCAGGAGGCUCUGGAUUCAGCAUGUCGUAUGUCUGAUGUUAGACAAAGAAACUCUGACUGUGUUGGACAACACAUGUGCCAGGAGCCUGGGAAGAGUACGAGAUACAUAAAAUGCCAGUGUUUAAAAUACAGACAUAGGUACCUUGGAAACUGUAGUGGGCAGUUGUCUUACUCCAUGUCUCAGCCUCUUGUUGAACUUCAAGGUCACCAGGCAGAUUUACAGAGGCAAGCUAAAGAUUUCUUGGAUGACCUAGAACAAAGUAUAUUGCCAUUAGAGGCGGAACACUCACCUCAGUCCUGCUCAACACACUUGUUUCCGAUUGGAUCACCCAACUCGAACAGAUCAUCUGCCUGGAUGCCGUCUUGUAUAAUGAAGGAUGUCAGACAUAAAGCUGCCUCCAGUCUUGUAUGAGCCAACGUUUCAUUAUUCCUUAAUAUUAUUAUUAUUUUAUUGAACAGGAUUAUACUAACUAGAAUAAUAAUUAGAUUUAGCUACUUAUAGUAUGAGAACACUAGACCAUUGACAAAAAAGAUAACAGCUAUCCAUCAUCCAUUUUAACCGAACCUAAAAUUGUUUUACAAACAUUAUAGAGUUGUUUUAUUAACCACUACAUUUCAUAUACAUGACAAGGAUUUUUCAUUCAUUAAUAUCAAAUAAAUUUUGAUCAUCCAUUCAUGAAAAUCUAUCUUGAUUGUCCAUUCAUAAAUAUAAAUCUUGUUUUAUGAUUCAUAAAUAUUUGUUUGUCCAUUCACCAAUAUCAAUUUUCAUUGUCAUUCAUAAAAAUCAAUAUUGAUAGUAUUUAUAAAAAAAAUAACAGAGAUUUUAAAAAUUCUAAAUUAUCUUAUUUUAACACUGAAAAACAAAAGCUAAAAUAUACCUUCUUUUUUAUUGUUUGCAACUUUUAGAACCUUUAAUAUAUAGUACUCUGGUUGUAGAAUUGAACAUAUUGUGUAUCUAGUAAUUAUUAUCACUAUCCCAUUUUUGCCUUCCUGAAAAUUGUGUACAAUUGUUGGCUGCAGUUAUAUUAUACAUAUAUUGAUAUGUAUUGUACAGGAUCUAGUUUGCACUCAAUUUCAAAUUUGGUGUAAAAUAACAUUCUCAGUUUUCUACUUAAAAUGACGCAAUAUACUAAUGUUGUUGUUUUUUUUAAACACAUUGUUGAAGACUUUCAACCCCUACAUUUCUAGUGUUAUACAUCUCAUGUGUUUAAGCCUUCAGUAAACCUUUGUUUGAAUCUGCCAUGAUUAUUCAGUUAAGAAUCAAGUUGAUUACUGAUCAUGUUUAUCAGUUACUUUGUAAGAACUAGUUUAAUAACGGAAGAGUGC